CCACAUUCAUAUAGGCUGUCACAACUCCCUACCCAUGAUCCAGCAGCAGUCAGAGCAGACACACGACAGCACAAACCGCCAUGAAUCGAUCUCAAAAUAUGCUUUCUGAUGAGGGAAAUGGAAUAAACCAAAGUAGGAAUAUGACUGACAGCGAGCAAAAUAAUCAAUAUGAACAAAAUAAUAUCUCAACAGCCACGCCAAACAUUCAAGCUCAAGAUCAGCCAACACAUGCUGAUGGCUACAGCAGGAUACCACCAAAUGAAUCAAGACGGAGCAAACUACAGAGGAUUGCUCAGAAAGAAGAGGAAGAUCUGAGGAGAUGGAAGGAGGAGAAUCGUCUUGGCCCCAUUCAGCUUGCUCCAGAAAGACUAGGUGGUGCAGCAUCAGUAGCUGAAGUUAGACAGAGACAACAGGAGGAAGCAAGACAGUCAAAACUAAGAAAAAAGCUCCGAAAAGAGGAAAUGGAACGAAUGAAGAGACAGGCAGAAGAAGAGGACUAUGAGAAGAUGAAGGCCAAACAGCGAGAGCAGGCCAAUAAACUGGAGAUGAGGAGAAAGCAAGAAGAACAGCAGAGAAAGGAGCUGUACCAACAUGAUCAGCAAAUGAGAACCGAGAAGUUUUUUCAAAGAAUUGAGAGGUCCAGCAGUACAGUUUCCAUGGCGGCAAGCAAAUCCACACCAGCAUCACCCUGGGCUAAAUAUCAUGAGUACAGAGAAUCCAGACGAGAGGAGGAGAACGCAGCUCUGCUGAAGAACAAAGAGGACCAGAGGAGAAAGACCGAAAUUUUGGAGGCGAAACAAAAACAACAGGAGGAGGACAGAAAGAGGAAGACUGAAGCUGACCAUCAGCGGGUGAAUUUGGCUUUCCUAGAUCGUUUGGAGGCGAGUAGCUCAAGUAGGGUGUCUAAACCCGUGGCCCAAACCCCAGAGAGCAAUAACAUCUGGCUGGAUUAUAAAGAACCUCACAGUCCAGACUUAUCACCAGUACCCAGCCCAUCGCAGCUCAAUACAGACAGUGCAGAGGAGGAGGAGGAUGAUUGUGACCAUAUGUGGGCCGUGAUGAAACUGCAGCACAACUUUCCAUACUAUGAGCGAGAUAUGCUGGAAGACAUCGUCAAACAAUGUAAUGGCAACUACCAGCAAGCAUACGAUCUACUUAAUGUGUAAACACACAUUAUUAUUGUGAUCUUCCUGUGUAAUGAAGGAUUAAAUGUUUACCCAAAAAUGACAAUUCCGUCAUCAUUUACUCACCAUCAUGUCGUUCGAAAUUGAAAUGACUUCCCUUUCUUCUGAAGAACACAAUAGGUUCAUUUUUAAGAAUAGCCAUGAUGCUCUUUUCCAUAUAAUGAAAAUGAAAGGGGAAUUAGGGCUCUACGACCGUGCACUACGCCUUAUCCAAUUUUUGUGCAAGCGCUAAUUCGAAGCUCACUUUUCUGUGGGUGAAUGUGCACAAACUGUGGGUGUAUUGCAUGUUAAUGAAGUGUGCAAAGCUGAUGUACUAAUUUCCAGACACAUAGGUCAUUGUGCUGUGACUUCUGAGAAGCACAUCUAAUCUCAGUGCAGUGUCUAAAAUCAGUUCCUGCAUUUGCAGUUUGGAGAUUUCACCAGCUGAUGAUGGAUUAAUAAUAAUAAUAAAAGUAAUAAUACGUUAAUUUUGUAUAGCGUCUUUCCAAGCUCAAAGACACUGUACAGAAAUUAAGCAUAAAACAUUAAACAGAGAAACAUAUAACAAAAAUACAUUACAAAACAACUAACAAUGAGAGAGAAGCAAAGCAUAUUUCAAUCAGGUGAGACACGGGUGAGCAGGACGAGGGCCAACAGUCCCAGAAAGGCCGAUAGAGAACAUACAACAAAUACAAUACAUUCACAGAGCAGUGGAUGCAUUGCAUACAGCCCAUUUUCACUACCAAAUUCUUAUGAAUGGGCUGUCUUCAUUUAUAUCAACUUUGCUUGACAUGAAAAGGAAUAUAUAAUAGUACGUAGACAGUGCAACAACCAGAGAAUAACCUCAGAAUUAAAUUCACUUGACCCAGCCCAUUAGCGCUUUGCACGUGCGGUUUCCACUUGCACCUAGAUUUGCAUGCUUGCACUAAAAUAUAAAAAAUUCAUGGCCAUGCCCACUGAAUUUGCACGAAUGGCGUAUCACAUAGCACUGCGCUUAAGGCAUACCACUCUUAAAAUAGAGAGCAAAAUGUUUUUGAGUAAAUAACCGAAUUUUCAUUUUUGGGUGAAGUAUUUUUGUAAUUAGUUAAUUAGGAAGUGUGCUUAGAAUGUGUUUUUUGAACUGAAACUAUUUAUCCUGUUUUGUUUGAUCAGUUAUUUUCAUUCUGACACUAAAUGAUUUGACACUUAGCCACAGAGAAAUUAAAUCAAAACAAUAAAUCAAGAGUUGAUUCUGCUGUGGGGAAAGUUUAUGGAUCCCAUAAGCACAGUUCACAGGGUAAAUUAUGUGCAUUCAGUGCUCGAGCACUCUGCUGAUGAUGAAUUUUGUGUCACGCAUCCUGUACGCAUACACUCAGCGUUUGCGUCUGACCACUGUAUACUUUGGGCUUUAGGGCUCAAUCGCCAUGCUUAAUCGUCUUAACCUCUUUUUUCUUUUUCUCUUUUUUUUUUUGAGAGCGCUAAUUCUAAGCGCAAUUUUCGUGCCAGCGCAAAACACAAGUAAAUAACAACAGAAUUUUCAUUUUUGGGUGAACUGUUCUUGUCAUUAAUUAAUAAUAAAUUAUGUAAUGUGCUUAGAAUGUGUUUUUUGAACUGAAACUAUUUACCUUGUUUUGCUUGAUCAGUUAUUUUUAUUCUGACACUAAAUGGAUUGACAUUUAGCCACAGAGAACAGAAAUCAAAACAAUAAAUCAAGAGUUCAGUCUGCUGUGGGGAAAGUUUAUGGAUCCCACGAGCACAGUUCACAGGGUAAAUGAUGUGUGUUAACAAAAUCCAAAGGCUAAUUUAUAAUGAGGUAAAUGGCUGGCAGAAUACUGCAUCCUCCAUUGGGAGAGACAGUGAAAAACCAAACCAGCAUACCAAUCAUUAGGUUUCAGAAUGCUGUAUAGGUUCCUGCUAAAGCUUUUUAUGAAUUUAAAAAUCUAUUUAUGUCAAAUUCAGCAGAUUACCUACUGUAAUGAAGUAAUGGAAAGAGCUGGUGACUUUGACUUUGUCUGUGAGUUCAGGUAGAUUUGAGUGUAGCCAAAAAAAUUGCUGAAAAUCAGCUAUUACAUCAUGGUACUGGAGUUUUCUUGAUCUUCAAAGGUCUUUAUCCUGCUCACUGAACAAAAUAAUGCAUUACAUUCUGCUGGCUCCCCUGUGUGAUUAGCAAUAACAUACCCACCUUGUGUUUUUGUUGAACUACGAUCAGUCGUGCUACUUCACAGGAAAAGUUUCUCAUGUAAAUAUGUUCACUGCAUUAAAUAUGCCGUUUCCUUUGACA